UUCAAAAGCGCUAAAAAGUGGCGAGCGAACUAAACGUUAGUGCGCGAGCGUUACCGAGAGGCAGCCGAGCGACCAACUUCACCCAAUGCGGAGAACAACGUCUUUACUACGGCUCAGACGCUGGCCACACUCCUCUCUGGAGCCGUUUCCGCCGGCUCUCUACUACCAGUAGACCGCCUGCCAUUCAGCAGACUAUGUUUAACCCUCAAAUAUGCCGCUAACCGCAACAUUCUGGUAACUACACAAUAUCUUACAACCUUUCUGGUCACUGGGGCUCCAGUGCGCAUGUCCGCAGUCUUCUGCAGAUUUCGGAUUUGUAGUUUUUCGUACCUGGGCUAAUCACGGCUGAAAGGGACAAGAGAAAACUGUUAAACUACAAGUUCCAGACAAUGAAAGCUUUGUUUGGGAGUGGAGCUAGCCAGCUAGUUAGCCUGGACGAGCUUUGAAUAUUGAGUAGUCCACGGGUCUGCGAUCGGAAGUUGCCUUGCCUGGAGAUUUAAAUGAGAAUGAGCUUGCGCUACAUGGGGAAUACUUCAGCUGUGCGUUGACCAGCACGCAUGUCUUUGGUGCGGGGGUUGGAGUAGUUGGAAAUGGCACUGGUUUUCCGCGAAUAUGUUUUGACCCGUGGCAUCAGAUCUCACCACAGCUGUUUUACCCACACGCAUCAAGGAAGAACAAGAUAAGAUCUGCUUCAGACUGAAAAUUCUUCAAAAAGAAGAGGAGGACACGUCCCUAUCCAAACCGGUCUUUCAUGGGCCAGUGAAAUCUUUCGCACCCUGCUGGUUAAAAGCUAUGUUUUUGGGAGCUGGAAGCCCUAGGAUCAUCAGUCGAGUGUGUGUGGGGCACCUCCUUGCCCUCUUUCCCAGCAUCCCAACUAACAUGGGAUGCCAGCCCCUUGCAUAUCUGCCCUGAGCUCUCCUGGGGUGCAAUGAACAGCUACAGAGACAGGGGUGUCACUUGCACCUCCUCUGACCUUCUGGAUGGAGGAGGAGGACUGCCUCAGCACACUCCAUUUCAACACACCCCUAACGGCCACACAGGUCCCGCAGACCCGGCCAUCCAGCCACGGGUUUCUGUGCCUAAAAUGGGUGUCCGGGCGCGAAUCGCUGAAUGGCCUCCACGUCGCGCACAGUCCAGGGAGUCCCUGCUUGAAAAUGGGCAAAUGAAUCACUAUUUAGAUGAUUGCUCCAAUUCGGUUUCAUCGUCAGCUUUGUCAUCAGAAAUCGGUCUGGUGCGGGGAGGAAUUGCCAGGUUGCCACGGAGACGACACAGAGAUGAGUUCAGAGUAGGAGGGUUCGGCAAUGAAGGCGGUUCACCUUUAAACCUUAGGGCUUUUCCACCUUUGAGACAGCGAUCCAACAGUGAAGUCACGCUGAGUGAACAGGACGAGAAUGAGGUGGAGGUCCGUGGAGGUGGCAGGAUGGGGAAUCUCUUCAGAGAGUAUGGCAGCACGUCCUCCAUUGACAUCCAGGGCAUUCCUGAGCAGAGCUUCUUUGACAUGCUCAGCCAGUUCGACCAGGAGAGGCCUGACCAGCGUAGCUCAGCGCCAGUACGCCUCAGGGAGCUGCUGCGUGUCCCAGAUCUGCCACCAAAUGCAUCCAUCCCCUCUGCUCCUUCACCUGGGCCCCCAGGUGGGGAUGAUAGAGGAACAGGAAGGAAGGAAGGACCUGAGAGAGUUCGGAAGAAAAGCGGAGGAACAGAGUCGUCGCUGGGCACCUCCUCGUUGUUCAGGAAACUUCGGAGCGCUAGCAGAGGAGAGCUGGAUGGGGGAAAAGGAGACACUAGUGAGGAUGGGGGAGGACGAGGAACUACAGAUGCCUCCUACAAACCUUGGGUUUGUCCUAAGUGUUUUGUCCACUACGAUGCUCAGAGCAUCCUGUUCGACCUCCACGAGGCUGCGGCUCAGCGUGGCUACGUCACCCAGAGGAGGAACACUGCCACGGGGGCGUCAGCUGCGUCCGUGUCCCUCUCUGUCUCCAGAUCCUCUGCUCCAAGUGUCAAUGAACCGGUUUACUCGAGUAUCGAAGAUCUGACUCUGGGCCUUGACCCCGACUCCACAACACCCUCUCUGGGUAUGGACCCUUUGGAUGGGCUUCCUGGAGCCCACAGCUCAAGCCCACUUCUCCUCUGCUGUCCCCACUUCCUUAAUGAGACCGGGGGCUAUGGAGAGCGCAACAUUAGCUUUCUCAGCUCUUCAGCAGAGCGCGGGGGAGACGGGGGAGAAGGCGGAAGAGGAUGGCUGAGGAGCAGCAACGCCAGUGUCUCAGUGCUAGAGGUGCCUAUCGAGCAACAGGUUACGAGACUGGACAGACUGAAACUCUACAGCAUAGAACAUGUAGACCUUGGGGCCAGGUACUACAAGGAUUACUUUAAUGAGAAAGAUCACUCAAACUACUUUGGAAGAGAUGAGAAGCUGGGCCCCGUGGCCGUAAGCAUCCACAGGGAAAAACUGGAAGACACCAAAGACCUGAAAGACCAGUACCAAUAUCGCGUCAUCGUCAGGACAAGCGAGCUGGUGACACUGAGAGGCUCCAUUUUAGAGGAUGCAGUGGCAUCUACAGGGAGACACGGCACGGUUCGAGGUCUGCUCCACAAAGAAGUCCUGGAGCAGGUAGUCCCUGAGUUCAACCUGUCCUGUUUGAGGCAGGCGGUCAGCACGCCCAAAGUGGCUGAGCAGCUCAUUAAACUGGAUGAACAAGGGUUGAGUCAGAAGCACAAGGUGGGUGUUCUGCUGUGCCGGGCAGGCCAGAGCACAGAGGAAGAGAUGUACAACAAUGAGGAGGCGUCACCCGCCUUCUCUGCAUUCCUGGAUCUUCUGGGAGACAGGGUGCUUCUCAAAGGGUUCACCAAAUACGCUGCACAGCUUGACACAAAGACGGACUCUACAGGCACCCACUCCCUGUAUACUACCUACCAGGGCUAUGAAGUCAUGUUCCAUGUGUCUACCAUGCUACCGUACAUGCCCAACAACCCCCAGCAGCUCCUGAGAAAAAGGCACAUAGGGAACGAUAUUGUGACCAUAAUCUUUCAGGAGCCUGGAGCGUUGCCUUUCACCCCACAGAACAUCCGCUCACACUUCCAGCACGUUUUUGUUAUCGUCCGUGUGCACAACCCUUGCUCUGAGAACACAUGCUACAGUGUUGCUGUGACACGGAUGAAAGACGUGCCUCCCUUUGGCCCACCCAUCCCCAGUGGAGUCACCUUCCGUGAUCCAGAAACCUUCCGCAACUUCCUCCUAGCCAAAGUUAUCAACGCAGAAAAUGCAGCGCACAAGUCGGAGAAGUUCCACACAAUGGCUACAAGAACAAGGCAGGAAUACCUGCGUGACCUGGCUGAGAAUUAUAUCAGCAACAACCCACUCGACUCGGCUGGCAAAUUCAACCUCAUCUCCCUCGCUUCCAAAAAGCGUGAGCGCACGCGGGCCAGAGAGGGAGCGGAGCUGGGAGCCGCCGGGGCCGUGGCCUGGAGGGUGCAGGCCCAGGACUUCAGCGGAGGCGGGACCGAGAUCCCCUGUGCCUUGGGUCUGUCAGCUGAGUAUGUCCUGCUGAUAGACUGUUCCACCAAAGAGGUGGUGUUCAACUGCUUUUGUGCCGACGUGAUUGGCUGGACCCCGGAGCGCCUGUCUCUGAAGAUCUUCUACGGACGAGGGGACCACAUUGGUGUGCGGGUGCCGGAGGGCUGCGCACAGGACAUCAGGGAAAUGGUUCAGAGAUUAAAGUCACUGACAGUGGGGUGUGAGACUGUGGAUAUGACUCUGAGAAGAAACGGACUGGGACAACUGGGCUUUCAUGUUCGCUUGGACGGCACUGUGGCUGAGGUGGAGGAAUACGGCUUUGCCUGGCAAGCAGGCCUGAGGCAGGGCAGUCGGCUGGUGGAGAUCUGCAAGGUGGCCGCAGUGACGCUGACUCACGAACAGAUGAUCGACCUUCUCAGGACAUCGGUCACCGUCAAAGUGGUUAUCAUUCCUCCCUAUGAAGAGGGAGGUCCUCGCAGGGGCUGCACAGAAGAGUAUGAGAUGAAGACCAUGGAGCAGAAGCCAGAACCUGAGCCUCUGGCGGCCGGCUAUCGACCCUCCCCGCGUUCUACGUGGCGAUGGGACAGUCCACCUGUUCCUCCAGGACUCCACAGUGCCCCCAAUCCACAGCGCUGGACACCCAUGGGACCCCCACCUCCUCCGCUGAUCCGCUCACACAAAGCACUGAUGCCUGUUCCAUACAGGGAGCCUCAGCACCUCACUUCCAAGAGCAGGCCGGUGAGCUACCCUGAGAACCACUACAGCCUGUCUCCUGCAGGAGGCGACAGGGUGCCCUACAGAAACCCGUCAGCCAGCUUCUCCUCGCCCUCCUCCGGCCUGAUGGGCCUCUCCACAAUGGGGACAACAGGAAUGACAGCGAGCCCCUUUGUGCGCUACAAACCUUCCCCUGACAGGUUUGGAGCAGUACAGCGGCCCUUGCUGCCUUAUGAGCCUCACCUCAGUGUAGACAUCACCUCCAGUGGAGAGUCUUCCUCAGGCUUCACCAGCCAGGAGAGCACUAUGGAGCGCUGCAAAACAGAACCCCUCUGGCACGUCCCGGCGUCAUCAUCUCGAGGACCAGUUGUUGGAGGGGGGCAGCGGAGAAUCCCCAGGCAGGAUGUCCCAGGCAAAGAUUCUCCAAACAGACAUUCGAAGGGGGAGACUCAGUACUCAAGCCACUCCAGCAGCAACACUCUGUCCAGUAACGCCUCCAGCAGCCACAGCGACGAGCGCUGGUUCGACGGUGGACCCGGAGGAGACAGAGGAGGAGGGGGGGGUUGCCUCAUCGACCCCAGCGACGCCGACCCCAACCUUCUCAACAAAGGAGGCUCCAACGACAGCGGCAUCGACGCUUCGGCUCCUUACAACGUCCCUCGCCACGGAAACCUGUCCAACAGCCAGCCACACAAGGCCAUGCACUCCUCUGCAACCUACAGCGGCAUUCAGGAGCUGUCCACGGGAAGGGGCGGUGGUGGAGGAGAGUCGAGGAGGCGAGAGUCUUCACCCGUCAUGCCAGCUGCGGCCAGUCAGAACCAAGGAUACCGGACGAGGACAUUCCCUCCUCCGGGUUGCAGUGCUGAUAAAAUGGACGCUUUUAAACCCAGGGCCUACACUCCACAGGGUUACAAGACUCCAACAGCGGAGAAAGCGCGGCCUGUCCGAGCUGCUACAGUUACACCCACUACCGCCCAGUUUGGCUCCAUCCCUCUGUCCAGCUCUGCACCCAAGGCCUUAUACGGGAAGAGCAGACCAACCGCCUGGCAGAACGAAGAGACCAGCUCAUCACCUGCAAACACCACCACAUCCACCUCUGACAGCAGCAACAGCAAAAAGCAGGUGGAUACAAAUUCAAAGAACGUGUUUGGUCAACCUCGACUCAGGGCGUCACUAAGGGACCUGCGCUCUCCAAGGCGGACGUAUAAGAGCACUAUUGAGGACGACCUGAAGAAGCUGAUCAUCAUGGACAAUCCAGGAGAGUCUCCACAACGAGACCCGUCCCCCAGACGAACCUUGCAGCGCACAUUUUCGGAUGAGUCGCUGUGCAGCGGACGCAGAGACGCCAGCUUUGCCAACACCGAGAACCAAACAAAUCCCACUGAUGUGCUGUUCACCUGCACGCUGCCCACACGCAGACACGCUGUCUCCUGCAACCACGCCAGUAAAAAGGUGCCCCUGUCUGCAUCAGAGCUGUCUCUCACAGAAGUAAGGGACAAGGUUCCGCCUCUGAGGAGGCUCGAUCCCGGGCUAAUGCCUCUUCCUGACACAGCCUGUGGACUGGAGUGGUCCAGCCUGGUCAAUGCAGCUAAAGCCUACGAAGCGCAAAGAGCCGUCUCCCUCUUCUCACUGAUUGAACCCCAGGCUGGAGGUCCAGACACCAGACCGGUGGUCAGCCCAGUGCAGUUUCACACUCCUCAGACGCCACGGACCACACCGACCUUCAGUGGGGAUGAGGUACCCAACGAUUUAUCUGGCCGUCUCUACCAGCUGGAGGUCAUGUUGAAGCAGCUGAACAAUGAUCUAGAGAGAGAGAAGAAGGACAAAGUGGUUCUGCUCGCAGAGAUGGCCAACCUGAGGGAGAACAACCAGCGCCUGCAGGAGGAAAGCCACACCGCCAGCGAGCAGCUGCGCAAGUUCAGCAUGCUCUUCACCAACAUCGGCAAGGCCGGAGGCGACCACGAGGCCCACUCCUUAACGCACGAAGCUAACUCGAAGAGGGAGUGAUGGACGUGGAGCCAGAUUCAGGCAGAAGGACGAGCGAGAGAAAGGAUCUUCUUUGAGGCUGUGGUCACGACGGUGUUACCAUGCUCAGCUCCCACGAGACUGCCUUAAACCAGAUACAGCAGGAACGUGAUUUUUUUAAGGCGCCCCCCACGCGGAGCAGAGACCCCCUCGCUCCUCUGUCUGAGCCUGCUUAUUUUUAUAAACUGAAGCCAGACUGUCUUAUAUAUUUGUGCAUAGAAUACUACAUCACCUGGAGAGGCCUAAUACUGUUCCUGCAGUGAAUCAGCCAAAAACAGACCGAUGAUCACAGACUGCACAUCCCAGAAUGCUUUGGAGGUGAUGGAGGCUCUACAGACGUGGUGCUGUAGUAGACGCCUGUGUGGUACAUUUUAAGUAACAACAUUAUCUAUAUUGUACUGAUAUUACAUAACAGUUGUACUAAAGAGGUGUGUGUGUGUGUGCGUGCGUGCGUGCGUGCGUGCGUGCGUGCGUGCGUGUGUGUGUGUGUGUGUGUAACUGGUGGUACAGCAAACUCUCAGAAGCAUUGCACAAACUACGAUGCAUUCUUUUGCCCUUUUGUGUGAGUGUGGGCGUCUGAUUGUGACGGUUUGUCAGGACAAACACUAGACGACGAACAAACUAGUUUACUGUAACGUGGAGCUCGGUAUGUUUCUUCCUUCCGUUUACAUGGAUGAGCUGCAGCCCACAGAUGUGAAAUAAGCCAUCAACACAGUGUGAAUGGUCGAAACCUCAGUGAUGUAUUGCAGCAUCAUGCCUCUCAUGUAGUGUUUUCAAUAUACUUUUCACUGUUCAGCCCUGCUUCACCUUAGUCAUCAUCUCAGUACAUUAACAUAUCGUCGUCUCCACAGUGUCUAAAGCAGCAGUUGGAUAUUUUGGCAGGUUCUUACAGACAUAGAUGAGAAGACUGAUACCACUAUGCAACAUCAUCAGGAGAACUGCAGACCGCUUAGAUCCCCCUCACUAGCUCCUUCAAAACUGGGCCAUGCGAUGGUGACCGUUCAAAAUGGCCACACUGGAAUGCGUCUCCAGCUGCAUGUGAGAGCGGCAUCAGUCUCCUCCUUUAAGCCUCGGCCAUUUUCCAGCAUGUCUAAUUCCUCCAUUGCAUCACUUAAUCACAAGACACUAAAUCAGCAGUGAUCUGAGCACACUGCUGUACACAUACUGUACUUCCUCCACUACACAGAAACUGGACCAGUCUGCCGGUCGUAUGGGAGGAUGUGUCGUGUCCACGUGUCCUUUGACAAACGAGACUGUUUCUACUGCCAGCUUGCUUUGUGAAAAUCUAUUUUUCAUACAAAAAUGUGUGAUUUUUGUAUGCUGGUACUAAAUGGACAAAUACAUCCCUGCAGAGGGUGAACGUCUUCUUCCUGUUUGAGUUGAGAGUUAAUUGUGGUAGAUGCUCCUGUGCAGGAGGAGGUCUCCUCCCCGGUCAGACUGAAACAGCUCCCUCAGGUUUCCCAACAUGCUGUUAAUGCCACUAUACCAUCAGUUAGGUGUGGUGCACUGUACUGUGAGACUAUAGACAUCGGUUCAAAUCAUUGGAAUUUUCCCUUUAAUAUUUCUGAACGUAUUGUUGUUCUUGUAGGCAAAUCAAUGCACACUGUUUUUGAAACGGUUUCUCAGUUGGUUUUCUGUAAGUUUGAUAUUCCUACAAUCAAAAACACUCUUUCACUGAUACCGUAGAUAUUAUGUUGAUUUUUGACUGAACUAGACAGAAAACCUCUAUUUUCAUGAUUCCAUAAUUAUUGUCCUGUAAGUCUGGUACCAGUACCUGAAUAGAUCUGAACCCAAAUUCUAUUUGGGUUCAGAUCUACUCCUCUAACUGACUCAGACAUUAGUACUUCAUUUGUGCAUCUUAUAGGCAUUACUGUGAUUUUGGUAUCCAUAAGUCUUUAGCUUUAGUUUGCUUAUGUAAAGGGGGAAAGAAUUUAUAUAUAAAUAUAUAUAUCUUAAUUUUGUUCAUGUUAUGUAUAACUCUAAGCUAUUUAUAGCCCACACUAUGAUCCCUGUUGAACAAAUCAAUAAUCCAUUAUUAAAGUUAAUGGUAAUAUUGUAUAACUUUGUUUUUUUAGAUGUUAAAUAUUUUGAUAAUUUAUUUUUCAACAUAUUGGCCACUGUUGCAGACAAUAGCAAAGAGAGGGUACUAUGUUUUCUGACCUGUGUUCAAAGCUGAUUUUUAUGGUUCCUUUUUAUUAUUUUUCAUUUUGUGGCAUGUUUCCCGUGUGUCGGUGCCAUCUGCGUGUGGCAGGGGUACGUGAUGCACUGACAAACUGUUCUGGUUGAACAUUUUCUUUGGGUUGUAAUAACUUGUAUAGUUAAACCUGUAAAUUAUGUUUCCAUUAUUUUAUAAAAAAUCUAUUAAAAAUAUCAGAACAUUU